GCGCGCGCCCCCCGCCGCCUGGCGCGUCCCUCCAGCCGCGCUCGCGCCCUCCUUCUCCUGCUGCGCUCCCGGCUCUGGCCGCGCGCGGGCGGCGCUCCGCAUUGCACACGCGGGGGGCGCCGCAGUGUUCGUGGGAUGGGGCAGCGGGCUGCCUCUGGCGGCAGGGACGCGUGCAACCCGGGUGCAGGCCCUCUCUCAUCGCCUCGAGUGCCCACUUUGAGGCCCUCUGUAUGAGUGACACGCCAGUCUGCCAUGGAGCCUAGCCCUGCUCUGGCCUGGCUCCUGCUGCUGAGCCUGCUGGCCGACUGUCUGAAAGCUGCUCAAUCCCGAGACUUCACAGUGAAAGACAUAAUCUACCUCCACCCUUCAACCACUCCAUAUCCUGGUGGAUUUAAAUGCUUCACCUGUGAGAAGGCAGCAGACAAUUAUGAAUGCAACCGCUGGGCUCCUGACAUCUACUGUCCUCGAGACACCAGAUACUGCUACACUCAGCACACCAUGGAAGUCACAGGAAACAGCAUCUCUGUCACCAAGCGCUGUGUCCCACUGGAGGAGUGCUUAUCCACGGGCUGCCGAGACUCAGAGAAUGAAGGCUACAAGAUCUGCACCUCUUGCUGUGAAGGAAAUAUCUGUAAUCUGCCGCUCCCUCGCAACGAGACUGAUGCCACGUUUGCCACAACGUCACCUAUAAAUCAGACAAACGGGCACCCACGCUGCGUGUCAGUGAUCGUGUCCUGCUUGUGGGUGUGGCUCGGACUCACUUUAUAGCAUCCCUUUCCACCAAACAUAGCCCUUGUGGGUGUCCCUGUGGCCCGCAGUCAUGCAUGAGUCAUCAGCCUGGCAGGAGCGACAGAAUGCGACCACAGCGCCCCGGACAUCAUCACUGCCAGGCAUUCGCAUUGCCAUAAAGAACAAGCGUUGCUUCAAUGCUGUCAUUUCCAGCCUAACCAAGACCCCAUCUAAGUCAGCCUGUCCCCAUACAGACCCUGAUUUCUAUACCACAAAUCUGCGGUUUUUGCUCCAAGAAAGAGUUCUGCAUUUAUGGAUAUCUGGGUUCUUGAUCCCGAAGCCAUGCGUGAGCAGCGGGAGAAAGAACAAUGGAUACAGGUGGUGUAAAAUUUCAGGAAAAGGAAAGACCCCCUAGCUUAAUUCAAAUCACAGCUUCGCCUGUGGCUUUAGAAUUUUGAAACUUUAAAUCCAAAAAUAAAACGGAAUAGUUUCUUUGAGAUUCUGAUGGAGUCCCUAAAAGAGCAGCAAGGACUUGGCUCAGUUUUGUUCCCCCAGCCUCCUUAUCCUAACGUAGGGAAACACGCUCCUGCUGCUCUUUGUAAGGGACAAAAAAAAAGGCAAUUAAAGUUUGUUGUAUUUGUAGAGGUGACGAGAGAAAGAUUUCAUGAUGAAAUGAGCGCCCACAAGAGGAAGUUUAUCCCUUCUUGUAACUGGAGGAGAGCUUGGCUCUGCCCUGAGAACUAAUUCUACUUCCUGAGUUCCUGGAUCCCAGCUGGGCCAGGAGCAUCUACAAAUUCGCGAAGUACGGUGGGGUUGUUUUCUCCACGUGCUCCAUUCCAUUCAGGUAUCGCUGAUCUAGUCAGAGAGAGGACGUCAGAAUAAAAGAACGCUUUGUGGGGCUGGAGAGAUGGCUCAGAGGUUAAGAGCAUUGACUGCUCUUCGACAGGUCCUGAAUUCAAUUCCCAGCAACCACAUGGUGGCUCACAACCAUCUAUAAUGAGGUCUGGUGCCCUCUUCAGGCCUGCAGAGAUACAUGGAGGCAGAACACUGCAUACAUAAUAAAUAAAUACAUAAUCUCCAAAAAAAAAAGAAAGAAAGAAAGAAAGAAAGAAAGCUUUGUGGAGGUGAGUCCUACUUCAUUGUGAAGGCCCAGAAACGGCUCAGCAGAAUUCUCUCACUGUCCAUAGUAUUGGCUACCAAAGAGCCCUCUCCUUCCCAAACCAAGUGACUUUAGGGAGAAAGUGCUGAAUUAAAUUAUUGGUAGGUCAAUAAGGUAAGAACACUUCUGUGCUAGGAUGAGAGGAAGAUGGAUCAUAAGUGACGUAGUAUUUGCUUCUCUCAGGUGCUGCCUUUGGAGUAGAAAAGGUUUUCGUCAUCCUUCAUGUAUUUUUUUUUAAAACCUAAAAACUACAUUGUUUUUUUCUUUUGCCAUGUAAAUUCUUUAAAUGACAUUUAUUUUUGUAUGGUAUAAACUAGAAACUAAACUAUAUUUCAAAAAAUGCUUUUUUUUCCCCCUGAACAAAAUACGAAAUUAGAACGCUUGUUUUAAACAAUGGUAGAGCUUAUCAUUCAUUUAUGGAGAGUUAUCAAUGAGCCUUGCACCAAUGCUAAAAAAAAAAUGUUCAUUUUCUGUGAGCAUGAGUUGUAUGUUCGCCUCAAGGGUUUUACUCGUGGUUUCCUCAGAAGCGUUGUUCUGGAAAUAUUUGCGUGGAGACUAUCAUUGGUCCAAGUAUCUCUGCAGGGCUGUGGGUUAUGUUAGCAUGGAACUUGGCGGAGCAAAGCCCUGAUGAGGAGGACCGUGCUGUUAAGAUACAUGUGCCCUGCACAGGGAACUUUAGCUCAUAAAAUGAGACCCCCUCAGGGACCAAAUAUGAACUAACUCUGAUACAAGUGAUUGGAGUUGUAUCACACAGCCUUAAUUCAGAGUGUGGCAGGCUUAUCAAUUUCUUGCUUAUAACUGGGGAUGGGAGAGUCAGGAGAGAAAGGCACUUUGCUAAGCACUUUACGUAGUUAGGCCAUAUAACCCCCCAGAACUCUGAAAGGUACAGCACAUAUCUCUGCUUUACAGAUAAGGGUCCUGAGAUUCAGAGAUGUUUGAUAAAUGAAGCCUUUUCCUCCAGAUUUAGUGUCUGUGGGAUAUGACAGGUUUGAACAGAAAAGGAUGUGGAAUUUCUCUGCUAGGAAAACUUACAGGUCUGACUUCGUGGGAAUUGGCCCAUCUUGUCAUGUAGAACACAUCCUGCUAUCCAGGAUGACAUUUGCAUGUGUCCCCAGUCGAAACUUUAUCUUUGGGGAGUAAAGUGAUAGCUUCUUGAUUUAUCCCUCUGGUCAAAAGAGGAGACAGUUGAGCUUGCAUCUAAAGAUGCUUUAAGACAAUGGGAAUUUGAUGUUGUAUAUAACUAUAAGUACCAUUUAUUUUUAUGUGUGUGUGCAUGGUCACACUCCACCGAUAUUUUCCAAGUGCUGCAUGCAGUCUGAACGGGAGACAAGGAACUGAGCACAUUAGAGCCUACCUGGCUGGUUUCCAGGGAUAAGGUUCUCAAAGGUCCAGAUUGCCCACCGCCUGGGAAUUAAUUGCAGCCACUGUACACAUGUGCGGCACACAUCCCCAAUGCCUUUCAAAGUGGCUUUUGUUUAAUGCUCUCGAAAGAAUGUGAUUUGUUCACCAGCCCUCGCCUCAGAAAGCCAAGGAGGAGCCAUUCAUGUAGACUGUCCAGGACAAGUUAGCCAUCUGACUAUUCUGUCACUUUAAACUGUCCAUUCAACCUCACCAUUGGUGAUGGCUUGACAUGCCAAGAGCCAUGAUGUGUAUAUUAACCUAUAUGCCACAUAUUUAUUUUUAGACUCCCUUCAACAUCCAUGCCAAUAUGGGAUUAAUGCCUAAAUGUAAAUAUUGUACACUUUGUAAAUCAACGAAUAAAGAUUUUAAGUGUGUUUCAUCAG